GAUUGGUGCAGAGCCCGUUUCCCAGAGUGCACCGCGAGUGUCGCUGCAGCCGGGGCUCCAGUCUGUCCCACGUGGAGGUGGCAGCAGCAGGAGGAGGAUGAGGCCGCUCACUGAGGAGGAGACCAGGACUAUGUUCCAGAAGCUCUCCAAGUACAUUGGGGAGAACAUAAAGCUGCUUGUGGAUCGCCCUGACGGGACCUAUUGCUUCCGGCUACACAAUGACCGUGUAUAUUACGUAAGCGAGAAGAUCUUGAAGUUGGCCACGAACAUUGCACGGGACAAGCUGGUGUCUUUAGGAAGCUGCUUUGGAAAGUUUACCAAGACGCAGAAGUUUCGUCUGCACAUCACGGCCUUGGACUACCUGGCGCCAUACGCAAAGUACAAGGUCUGGGUGAAGCCGGGGGCCGAGCAGUCUUUCCUGUAUGGGAAUCAUGUUCUGAAGUCUGGCCUGGGGCGGAUAACCGAGAACACCGCUCAGUACCAAGGGGUGAUCGUAUACUCCAUGGCCGACGUUCCCUUGGGCUUUGGCGUCGCUGCGAAGUCCACGCAGGAAUGUAGGAAACUUGACCCGAUGGCAAUUGUGGUUUUCCACCAAGCUGACGUUGGAGAGUACAUCAGGCACGAGGAGACGCUUACAUAGAAACACAAGACCACCGGCGGACUAAUCUGGUGCCCACCGUAAUCAGACAGAGGACGUGCUCCGUACAGGAUCUUUCCUAUGUGCUGUGUCUGGACAGGGAAAUAACUUGAACUACUGAAUCUCCGCAGCGCAGCCAUACUGCCGGGACCGUGCGCAGGAGAGCGCCCUGAGUACACCUUCCUGUAUAGAGCCCGUCAUUCCCUCCUUAGUAGUGCCAUGUGCAUUGCUCCCUGUGUACCGGGGCGAGCCACAGGCUGUUGGCAGGGGGCAGUCAGUCUGGUCGCUACUGUCAGGGUACCCGUGUACAUAAUUUGGGGCGUAUAACGUGUUUCCUAUAAUAGAUGCCGCUACUGAACUCGUUUUGCAUUGUGCGACCAGGGCUGCAGCAAGAUAAUACACCGGAAGUGUCUGUAAUAAUAUUGUAAUACUCUGUAACAUGACAUAGGGGGCUGGUUUCAUUAAAGGAAGACUUAACAAUA